UCUCGCUGGUUGAUUUUACUCAUCUAUAGCUGUGCUUGCUCUUGGCUUCCCACUAUACAGAAUUCGGCAAUACACAGAUACACCGAGCUAGCUGGAACGUUUAAAUCGACAAUUUUUCUACAUAAAAAGGAAAAAAAAUGGCAAAGACUUUGCCUAUUUGCAUCUUUAUAUUGUCUGUUGUCAGUCGUAGUUGCUAUGGGACUAUGUUGGCUACUGAAGAAUAUGGAUGGAGGCCAGUCUUCGUAGACAACGAAGUUGUGAUCGGUGGUCCGUUUGGCGAAAAUUUCAUUUGGCAAUUCGAAACACAGGAGGACCGUAUCCUUGCAUUCAACAUCCUUGAUGGAAACAUAAAAGAAGCGCAAGAUUUUUUGUCUAUCCAUGACGGAGCUGACAUCUAUUCGCCAAACGUUCUGCUUGGAAAUGAUGACAUCAUACAGUUCUCAAGGAAAGGUUUAUCAGAGACAUUGUACACCACUACAUCCAAGGCGACAGUGCAAUUUGCGAAGACACCAAUCUCACAUUUGAAGCUCAGAAUUCAGAAGGCUGCCAAUUGUUCGUAUAAUAUCAAGCCAGAAACCCAAUGUGGCCGAAUGGUUGACGAGGUUUCGUGCUACUGUGCUAUUUUCACCAACGAAAACCAAACAGAUCAAACCAUGUCUUGUCUUGAUAAUGGGAUGAAACUAGUUUCGUUUGAAAGUGAAGAAGAAGAAGAGCUCGUUCACAGAACUUGGAGCACCCAAAUUCCAUUUUGGACUUCAUUGACUGACACCCGCCGUGACGGUUCUUGGCUAUGGGAGAGCACGAUGACUCCGUUGAGCAAUGGAAACUACACCAAUUGGUUUCCCGGAAGACCUCUUAUUCAGGAGAGUGAUCAGUUUAAUUGCAUGUUGUACGGUGGAAGUACAUACUUAUCGUUUUGGGGAGACGUCAAUUGUUCAGCGCUAGCUAAUGCCAUUUGUGAAGCUCAGCCAUAGCUGCUUUUCUAUUCGUGGUUACUAAACAUAUGCAUUGAAUUUUUCAUGGUAGAGAUUAUGUUUGGGAAUGCAAAGUGACUUAAGAAAUAUGGGGAAAUCACUACCUCUGUAUGCACCUUUUUCCCCAGUAGAAGUAUCUCUAGUGUAGAACAUCACAAUAAGCUAAUACAAUCUGUUGUUGUGUUCCUGCACAACACGCACAUGCAA